AUGGCCAGGAUGUCUUUAGACAACUCUGCGGGUGGCUCUAUAUAUAUAAGCGAAACCAUUGAGGAGGCUCAUGAACUUAUUGAGACAGUUGUCAUGAACCAGCAUCUGUACUCGGGUGAUGAGACUUCCAUAAAAGAAGAGGUUAAGGCUGUUUCUGCUGAAUCUGACGCUCGAAAACAGGAUGCCCCGUUGACUCAGCAGCUACACGCCCUUGCACAGCAGUUGCUGGAGUUACAAGAGGCUUUGAGAGAAACUCAGGCUUCCAACAAGAAUUUUCGCAAAAGCAAAACUCACACACUUAGUGAAAUUUUUGUCCCUCCAAAACUCACACUUAGCCUUCAUCUCAACCCCUUUCAGAAACCCUGUCACCAUCGAAGAAACCCUUCAAACCUCACCAUCGCGAAGAAACCCUCUCGCUACAGAAACCCUCUCACUCACCACUCACCGUUGCUCCUCUUCACCCUCCUCCUUAUCGCUGCGCCGCCCUCACCAUCCUCAUCUCUGCACUUCUCAUCGUCCUUCCCCUUUCAAUUCGAUCGAGUAACCCUCAUCUCUGCGCUAUAUACUGAGCUUAAUGAAUAUUUUUUCUUUGAUUCGUCACCAAUUCACGCUACCUGCACAAACUCGCGCGCCAUCUCCUUCGAUUCGUCGCCGCUGCUCAUCUCUUCUUCAAGGGUUUUCACCUUCGAUUUGUCGUCGCUCAUCUCUUCUUCACCGUUGCCAUUCAUCACCGCGCUCACCAAUGUCAAAAAAACUGUGUGCUCUCUAGCGACCUCUUCUCUGCUCUACUGUGAAGCAUCAAGGUUUCUAAUGAGGCAAAGCAUCGAUCCCUUACAAGCGAGUACUCUGCUUCAAUUUCUGUCGUGCUGUCUGACUCAACUAGCGCAAGCUGAAUGGAUCUUGUGUUUGUCGGUCUUCUUCCUUCUCUGUUUUCUUUUUUUUUGUCCUUUUCAUUUUCUCGUUGAGGAAGAACUUGAUUUUCCAAAGAAUGAAGGAUCUUUAUCUGGUAGCAUUAACAUUCUUUCCCCUGCUGGCUGCUGCAUUGGAUUGCUAUUCUUUUUGCUUUUUCUGCGUUGAGUUGAAGGGUGAACUUGAAUUGCUUGGAUCUUUGUGUGUCUUUUUUUUUCAGUAUUAUUAUUGAAGCGCAGCAUCUUGAGAAAAAUCUGAGUCGGUUUUGUUUUUAAAAUUAGAGUUAUAUGAUUGAGAUGUGAACAAAGUUUAUACUGUAGGAGAAGGACAAAGAACUUGCAAUAUGAGAUUUUCUCACAUUGUCGAUGAUUUUAUUUGAUUUCUUCUUAUUUUAUUAGUUUGGGGA